AACUAACUCUUCAUCAAACCUUGCAUAUCACCCUCGUUGUAUAACUUGUCCAUCCGCCCUGGAUGUACAAUCACAACCUCCUCUUCCUCUUCUUCAUCUUGACAUCCUACAAUCACUUGACCCUAGCUCAUAGCGGUGACAUCAUGUCAACACCCAUCGACCCGGCAAACCUGCCCGACAGACGCGAUCCUCUUCCCCUGCACUCCGACCCCGAUCAGACGCUGUCUGGUCUCAAGAUCGACAACCAGGUGGAAGAUGAUGGGUUGGACGAAGCUGUUCGGAGGAUACGGGAUGAAGAGGGGGAGGUCUUGACGAGUAAGAAUCAGGGGAUCAGUAGUGUGGCUGGCAAGGGAAAGGGGAAAGGGAAAGGAGUGGUCUUCGCCAACAGCCAUAAUGACGAGAUGCAGAAAGAACCAUGGUCGACUUACCGGAGCUGCUCUGGUCGCGACUGGAGGCACCACUGCAUGGUACUACCGAUCUUCCCUUAGCUCGACCGGACAUCGGACCCUAAACAAGGCAAUUCAGCACGCCAUCCCGCUAUCGUUCAUCAUCCAGCUGGGUCUGAUCGUCUUUGGCGAAUACCAAGAUCGACACUCGGAUGUCAAGUACACCGAUAUCGACUAUCGAGUUUUCAACGAUGCGGUCCGAUGUCUCUGGACCGGGUGUGGGCAGGGCGAUCGGGGUGUUGCUAGCGGGUUCGCGAAUCGUUGGCUCGGAGGAGCGAUCGGCGACCCGUACGCUCGAUCGACUUAUCGAUACACGCCUCUCUUGGCCGGCAUCUUAUCCCCAAUCUGGCUCUUGCCCGACCCUCUCGGCGCAUUCUCCGGCAAGCUCCUGUUCUCCUUCGUCUCAUCAUACAUCAUCCCACCUCUGCUAUUACGCCGGCCAAUCAACGCAUCGCCUACUCUCGUGCACAUGAUUUGGACGCUCAACCCCAUGAUCCUGAAUAUCAACACGCGGGGAUCAUCCGAAUCCCUGUUGAUCGCCAUGGUCUUGCUUUCCGUGGUCGCCAUCAAGAAGGCUCAAUAUGGUCGGGCGGCUAUGCUGUGGGCUUUGAGUGUGCACUGGAAGGUCUACCCCAUCAUCUACGGCGGCCCGAUUCUGAUCGAGCUACACAAGGCGGACAGAGGGCAAUUUUUCUCAUGGAAUAAAGUGCGCUUCGCACUCUUCAGCGCCAGUACCUUUUCCGCCUUGAGCGCGUUUUGUUUCGCCAUCUGGGGUCACCCAUUCUUGGAACAUACCUAUCUGUACCACGUAGGAAGGCUCGAUCAUCGACACAACUUUUCGGCCUACUUUUACCCCAUUUACCAGGCGAUGUUCGGCGCGACCACUACAACGCCCCAGUCGCAAUCCACCUUGAACGCUCUCGUCGCCAUCGCUCGACAUCCAAUCUCCGCUUUCAUCCCGCAGAUGGUGGCGACGAUGACAGCUGGCUUCGUUUUGGCACGGCGAUACGACUUCGUGUUCGCCUGCUUUGUCCAGACGGUCGUAUUCGUCACCUUCAACAAGGUCUGCACAUCGCAGUACUUUUUGUGGUACCUCUUCUUCCUGCCGGUGGUGAUACCCCGUCUGCACCUGUCCAAGGGCAAGGCGAUGGCUAUCCUUGGAAGCUGGAUCGGCGCGCAGGCCGUCUGGCUCUCCAUCGCAUACAAGCUGGAAUUUUUGGCGGAGAACGUCUUCUUCCCGCUGUGGUCAGCUGGUCUCUUAUUCGUGGUGGUCAAUACCUGGUGCAUCGGUGCCAUCAUCCAUGCAUAUCGAUGAGGCGUAGUCGAUGUGCGGGAACU